UCAGUGCGUCUAGCGGAACCGGCGCCCCCCUGGCCCGAACCGACUCUUCCCCCGUUCCCCUCGAGCAGCACCGGCCCACCUGAAAUUCCCAAACCCGUCGCCGCACGGAAUGGAGAUCAAGACGCCGCCGCCGCCGCCUGUAGCCGCCGCCGUGGCUGCCGCGGCGGCCAUUUCCUCGGUGCUCGGCGACGACGACCUCCUGCGCGAGAUCCUCCUCCGCCUCGGCCUCCCAACCAGCCUCCUCCGCGCCGCCCUCGUCUGCCGGCGCUGGCUCCGCCACGCCUCCGACCCGGCCUUCCUCCGCCGGUUCCGCGGCCUCCACCCGCCGCGCCUCCUCGGCGCCUACUUCUCCACCUCCGCCGGCCCCGCCCCGCGCCUGCGGUUCCUCCCGAUCCGCCCGGUCCCGGAGCUCGCCGCCGCCGCCCGCCGCGCCGGCGCCUUCUUCGACGCCUUCAAGGGCUCUGCCACCUCCGUCUACGACAGCCGCGGUGGCCGCCUCCUCGUCACCACGUUCGACGACCGCCACGACUCCACGCGCCAGGUCUGCGGCCCGCUGUCCCCCGCGGGGGACACGGCCGUGGUCCCGCCGCCCCCGCCCCCGCCGCCUAUCCAGCUCGCCAACGACGACGAGUGCCUCAUCUACCACUAUGGUGAGUUCCUCCCCGACGAUGGCGACGGCUGCUCCUACUUCUGCGUGGUGAUGGGGUACAGCGAGCUUCAGACCACCGUGUUCCUGUACGAGCUGCAGGACAUGAGCUGGGUUGUCAGAGCCUCUGCCGCCGCACAGCUCCCUUUAUUGCCACCGAGAUCGAGGGUUAUGCUCUUUGAUAAUGCCAAAUUCUACAUGCUGUCUGCAACCAACAAGAUUCUUGUGUGCGAUUUUCCAUCCUCGAGUAUCUCAGUCAUGGAGCUCCCAAAUGGGGUGGAGAACAAGCACGGCGGUUGCAUCAUGCUGUCCCGGGGAGACGGUUCUGGAAUUUUUCUUGUACAUGUUAAAGAAUCUCAGCUUCAGAUCUUCCACUGUGGGAAGGACAGUGAUAAUCCAGGGAACUGGUUCCUAGUGGAUUAUAUUUGUUUGCGUCAGGUGUGCGCUAAUUUGGAUAUGACAACUUGGCAUUCUGUGGAUGAACAGAGUGCUAGUGUUAAGAUAUACGUUGUUGGGGACAAUGCCAGAUUUGUGUUCUUGGAGAUGUUUAGGGCUGUUGUUUUCUUGGAUAUUACAAGCAGGCAGGCAGACAAGGUGUAUCAGCUGACACCAGAGGAUAAAGAGUUAGUUAGUGUCCGUCCCUUGAUGCUGAUAUGGCCUCCUGUCUUCCCACCGAUGAAGGAAGGAUGUGACCAAAAGGAUUCAUGCACGGCCCAGACUGCAGCUUGAAAGGGACCAGAUGGACUUCCAAGGCUAAAACUGCAGGCCCAAAGAUGAGAAGCAUAACAAGAUCGCUGAUGGGCCAGCUUCAAAAUGAAGAUUGAGGUGAAUUCAAAAUGAAAAUAAAUAAAGGAAGGCUAGUUCGAGCUGAGCAGAACAACUCUGAAUAAAAAAUAAUUGCUAUAUUACUGGUAUAGAUUAGUUGCUGCAUGUAAAUAAUAGGAGUAUUAAACAUUGGAUGUCCAGUUAUCUAACCCCUACUUCAGCGUUUAUCUUA